AUGACUCCAAACCUGCUCGAUGAUUCUUUAGUGGUCGGCAUAGAUUUUGGGACCACUUUCUCAGGCGUUGCAUACGCAUACUCUGCUGCGAAGCCCAAGCCCGAUCAGAUCAGCGUGGUGAAGGUAUGGCCGGGUAGCAGUGGCGAGACCUGUGAGAAAGUGCCCAGUGAUGUGGUCUACGUUAGCCCACGUAGAAAGCCGACAUCAUCAACUCCUGGCCCGCCUAGUCGACGAGGAGCACGAUUCGUCGCCAAUGGCGGCACCAUACUGGAGGAUCCUAAUAUUGAUGGUGGAUCAGGUCCUUUCUUCUUCCGCGCCGCUCGCUCACGUCCACACCCGAAUCCACCAACCUCCUUAGUACCAGGUAUGAAAUGGGGCUACAGCGUAGGUCCGGACGAGCUACGACUGCAGUGUAUGAAACUACUGCUGGAUCCAAAUCAAGCUCUGCCCGAGUAUGUGAAGCGGGAUGUGCUCGAACAGCACCUACGUGAAGCAGGCAAGACCGCAGAAGAGGUAGUGACCGACUAUUUGACUGCGCUCUAUCAUCAUGCCAGAGAACGGAUUGUGCUUGAAUUUGGGGAAGCAUUUAUGGCAUCGACUAAGAUGGAGUUUGUACUUACCGUCCCGGCAGUGUGGAGUGAUAAAGCUAAAGAUGCUACAUUAAGAGCUGCACGAAAAGCUGGGAUACCUGGAAACAUCCGAAUGAUCUCGGAGCCCGAGGCAGCUGCCGUGUAUACUCUUCAAUCAAUACAACCGAAUCAUUUGGAGAUCGGCGACAACUUCAUCGUCGGCGAUGGAGGAGGCGGGACGUUCGACAUCAUCUCGUAUGAGAUCAAAAACAUCACACCCCUGCGGCUUGAGGAAUCCGUGGAAGGCCAGGGCGAUGUCUGCGGCGCAGCUCUACUCAACUACCGCUUCGAGGACUACGUCAAAUCGAAAAUCGGCCACACAAAGUUCGAAGAAAUCCGCCGGACCAGGAAGUGGCGAACGGCAUUGAACUACUUUGAGGAGUAUGUCAAGAGAAAUUUCGAUCCGGAAGAUGAUACCGAGUUUCACAUUCCCAUGCCAGGUAUCCCAGAUAUGCCGGCCGCUGGAAUAGAAUCCGGAUAUAUGGUGCUGAGCAGUGCAGAAGUUGGAAGGCUGUUCUUUCCUAUCAUAAAACGCAUCAUGGAACUACUACAGGUCCAGGUAACAAGGCUGAAGCAGAAGAACAAACGAGUCAGCGCCAUCAUCCUCGUCGGCGGAUUUGGGAGAUCUGUAUGUCUGAAUAAGUGCGUCAGACGUGAAUUCGCAGCAGACGAUAUGGCGAUCCCACAAGUCAUGCAGCCUGCUCAUGCGUGGACGGCCGUCGUAUGUGGUGCAGUUCUUCGAGGCCUAGAGGGGACGGAGAUCGUUCUCAGCCGCAAAGCUCGUCGGCACUACGGCGUGCGAUUCGACAAGUCCUAUGAUCCAGACGUCCAUCCGGUAAGCUGCCGUGAGUGGGAUCCUCGCGAGGAGCGCUACAAGGCCAUGAACCGGAUGAUAUGGUAUAUUCAUAAAGGCCAGGCGAUGUCGUCCUCUGAGCCCUUGCUGUUCACAUUCUAUCGCAACUUCCCACGGGGGGCGGCGAAGAUUGCGACGGACGAGCUCGUGGUCUGCGAUCAAGACAUAGCACCUGAUGGGUACAGCGCUGGCUCCGGCUCCUCGACAAGUAUCCUUUGUAAGUUAAGAGCGGAUCUAUCGACAGUGCCAAGAUCAUACUGGCAAGACAGCUCGAACUCAGCUGGUCAAUCGUUUUCCCGAAUCGAAUAUCAACUUGGGAUGCAUAUCGAAAGUGGAAGUAUCAAGUUUGAUUUGCGAGUGCAUGGUGUUUCUUACGGAAACGUCGUAGUAGAGUUUGAGUGA